AUGGACCUUCGGAAAAAGUAUCGUCGCAUCAAGCUCGCUUUAGUAGUGGGUGUUUGUGGUGCACGUCCUGUUCAAAAUGACCGAGAAGAGAUAUGGCUUGGCGAUGUCUUGGUCAGCCAAGGCCUGGUGCAGUAUGACCUGAGACGAAAGAUUCCUGGGGGAAUGUUCACAAAGAUGCUCCUAAGGAUUCCCUGCCGAGAGCGUCGGGGGAGUUGGCUUCGUUCGUGGCCCGGUUGUGUGGAGGCCUCGGUGAAUCAGCAUCUCAGUGCUCUCCAACGGACAACCGGAUCGAAAAUAUUUGAUUAUCCUGGGACAGAAUAUGAUGUCCUCUUUGCGCCCACGCAUCGUCAUGGAUAUCGCGACUCUAAACUGCCUGGCUCUAUCAAAAAGAAGCCAAGUCCCUCAUACCGCGGGCCUUGUCCAAUUAAGGAUACUCGCCGGCAGUGGCAAUGUGCCUUGGACGCAUCACAAAUAGAUCAAAUGCGAUCGCAAUCAUCGAAUAAUCCCCCGCAACCAUCCAUCCAUUUCGGCAUGAUAGCAUCUGGGGAUGCAUUGUUGACUGGCGACAUGCGGAAUCGUAUAGAUCUGAGGGAGUUGGUGAUCGGGUUCGACAUGGCAGGAACCAGUCUCGGAGUAUCGGCCGCAUUUCCCUCAUGCAUUAUCGUAAAAGGAGUGUGCAACUAUGCAGAUGGUCAUUAUAGCGAGGACUGA